AUGCAAGCUUUCAGUUCCAACAGCAGCCACGACUAUGGCAUUUUUGUCACGGUAGAGCAGAAAGCUUUCUCAGAUGAUGAAUCGCUUCCCAUUCCGAUUCCGAUUCCUGAGGUCUCGAUUCUUUUGAAUGUCGUCGUAAGCUACAAUGUUAAUUCAGAUAUUUCUCUGCCCACCACCAGAGCUUACGAUGCAAGACUCGAACUUGAUCAUCCUUUUCACUCAUUCAAGUCCAAUUCACGAGAUAUUUUAUCAAACAUGAUCGACGCAAUGCACAUUCCGUUCCCAUUGGACCGGCUCCGAUGGAAAACGCAGCGUUUUGGUGGUGGCAACACAGAGCCACUCGAGAGCGUUGAAGCUAUGGUAAGCAGAAUGGCUCUUGAGGCUAGUACCAUGGUGGAAAAUCAUGGAGCUGCUGGACUUAACAAGAAGCUUGGCAUACUUGUCACAGUUGAGAAGGAGAUUCCAAUGCUUGCACACCAACUGUUCGACGAAAUGCAGCAGUUGGAGGUUGAGGACAGGGAGCUCAGGGAUGAGGUGAACGCGCAAAUAGAGACAUAUCAUGCUCCGCUUGCACUUUCUUCGGGUGCUAUUGAACAAAUAGGGGAGGGUUGGGCACAGCGGCUGAGGGAAGGCUGGCACUCACUUGCAUUCCGGGCUAGUGUUAUGCUUUCUGCUGAUGAUGUUCAUCAAAUGGAGGAUGUUCUAGAUAAGCUAUUGAGCCUCCGGGACAGUAUGAUAAGAACUUGUGCAAACAUGCGCUCUUUCUUGGAUACAUUAGCACAAAACACUGGGGAUAUCGACGAUGGCGCAUUGACAGAAGCAGCCGUGAGAGAGUCAUUAGAGGAAGCAGUGUUCAGCCCAAUGCCUGCAACUAGAGCAUCAGUUGAGGCCUUGGAGAAGUUUGUGUUUGAUGGAGGGGUGCAAUGUGGUUCGAGCAGCGAUCAACGUUGUGUGGUUUGCUUGGGAAAGAUGUUGAGUGGGGAUCAAGUCACUUGCUUGCCAUGCUCUCACAUGUUUCAUGGACAUUGCAUUGAACAGUGGUUGAGGUAUGGUCAUGUAUGCCCUCUGUGUAGGUUCAAGUUGCCAACUGAUUAUUGA